CGGCGUGUGUUGUUGUCCUCCGGACAGAGAGUGCGCUCUUCAGCUCAACGGAACUGGUGUCAAAUUUCGUCGAAGGCUGAAAUCUGACAUAAACAGGAAGAGAGUGCGUGUAUUCCUAUCCUUUAAUGAAGACUGCGCGGCUGUAAGUGAUCAUGGGUAAGAGCUGUAAGGUGGUGGUGUGUGGCCAGGGCUCGGUGGGGAAAACCGCGGUUCUGGAGCAGUUACUGUACGCCAACCAUGUCGCAGGUUCAGAGACCAUGGAGACACUGGAGGACAUUUACAUCGGGUCUGUGGAAACGGACCGCGGCACCCGAGAGCAGGUGCGGUUUUACGACACGCGCGGCCUGCGCGAUGGUCAUGAGUUUCCGCGACACUACUUCACUUUCGCCGACGGCUUCGUGCUCGUCUACAGCAUCGACAGCAAAGAGUCCUUCAAACGCGUAGAGGCCCUGAAGAAAGACAUCGACCGCUGCCGUGACAAAAAAGAGGUGACUAUUGUUGUUGUGGGUACUAAGCUGGACCUGCAGGAUCAGAGGAGGGUGGACAGUGAGGCGGCUCAGCAGUGGGCACGGCAGGAGAAGGUCAGGCUGUGGGAGGUCUCUGUGACCGACAGACGAACGCUCAUUGAGCCCUUUACCCAUCUGGCCAGCAAAAUGACCCAGCCUCAGAGCAAAUCCACCUUCCCACUCAGCCGCAACAAGAACAAGGGCAGCGGCUCCCUGGACAGCUAGAGAUGCAGAAGACAGCAAUAGUGCUGAUAGAGUAACAUAAAGAUAUGUUAGAAGAGAGCUGCCAGGCAAAUCUCUAAAGAGUGACAUCAACAGACGCUCGAUUUAAUAUCUUUUGAAAAAUUUGAACUUGGAGUGCCACUGUAAGUUUAGCACACUGUAUGAAGUUACUGCAUUAAUGAAGUUUUAUAUUCUUAAACAUACAGGAUAGAAUCCAUGUGUUGCUGUGAUAUAUUUCUCUCGUGCUUAUCUUGAAGCAAAUGACUGACAAAAAAUUCUGCUUUUACACUGAAAUAUAUAUAUAUAU